UGCUCACCUUUCCCGGAAGAUCCGUCGACGAUCGGAUGUGUCACUAAAUUAUAUACACUUUCGUCGCCAUGUUUACCGGUCUCGUUGAGACGAUCGGGACGGUCACGUCCCUCGAGCCCCUCGACACCACCGCAAGCGGGGGCGGGGGAACGUCGUUGACAAUAUCUGACUGCGAGGAGAUCCUUACAGAUGCGCAUCUGGGAGAUAGCAUCUCUGUGAACGGAACAUGUCUCACCGUCACCUCCUUCGAUAAGACCUGGUUCAAGGUCGGGGUUGCGCCUGAGACCCUGAGACGCACGAACCUUGGAUCCUUACAGACCAACUCGCGCGUCAAUCUUGAACGCGCCGUCUCUGCGACGACUCGUAUGGGCGGUCACUUCGUCCAGGGCCAUGUCGACACCACCGCGAAGAUCCUCUCAGUCACCCCAGACGGGAACGCGCUUACGUUCAGACUGCAGCCUCGGGACAAGAGUGUCUUGAGAUACAUCGUGGAGAAGGGGUUUGUGACGUUGGAUGGAGCCAGUCUGACUGUGACCAAGGUCGUCGAUGGAGAGGAUGGAUACUGGGAAGUGAUGCUCAUCGCGUAUACGCAGGAGAAGAUUGUCACUGCAUCCAAGAAGCCCGGAGAAGAGGUGAAUGUCGAGGUCGACCAGGUGGGCAAAUACGUUGAGAAGAGUGUCCAGGGCUACUUUGCUGGAAGCGCUGGCGGGGACUUCAACAUUCUGGAGAAGAUGGUCUCAAGGAUCGUUGAAGAAAAGCUCAAGAAAUGAAAAGAACUAAUGAUAAUAUGGUGCGAUGAUGAGCAGCGCCUUUGACAAAAUUACGUACGGCAAGUGUAUGAAAUCAAAAUUUUUGU